CUGAAGUUAACUAAGUGAUUCUGACUUUCUUGUUUUGUACAUGUUUCGUUUGAGAAAGUGAUCUGUCGACAACCAGAUCGCGACCGGUCGCCGAACAGCACUAUACUGUUGUUCUGCACGAAUUCAGCAUUAUCAUCUUGUUUUCUUCUGCAAAUUGUCAGUCAUGGCUACAACAAGCAUCAAGCGACUUAAAGAAGAGGAUCCAAUGGAUGGUGCAGAACGAGAAGCAAAAAAGUUAAAAUCCAGAUUCCAUGAUGAUAGUGGAGAAGAUGGGAAAACCAAUCUUGAUAAUUCAGAACAACUGUCUUCUUCUCAAAUCAGAGAAAUGAUGUUAAAUGCUCAAAAGAUGAUUGAAGAAAGGAAGCGUUCCCUUAAUCAGCCACCAGCGCUUCUGAAAACUGCUCCAGUCCUCUCAUCUCUUCCGACACCUGCAGUUCCUAAGGCUCCUGCUCCUUCCUCAAUGGAUGAACGAGCCAGAAAAAUUGCUGAAUUACAGGCUCAAAUUCAGUCAAAACUAGCAACUUCCACUUUGGCAACAUUGAACUUGAAUCUGCCCAAAACAGUGAGUGUCCCUGGAUCAACUAACGAAGUUUCUAGUGAACCAAAGCCUGGCCCUCUCAUCCUUAAUGCUGACGGAAGAACAGUAGAUGCCACUGGAAAAGAAAUAGCGCUAACCCAAUACACACCUACUCUCAAAGCAAAUAUUCGCGCCAAAAAACGUGAGGUGCUCAAGACUCAUAUGGGCAAAGGCUCUCAUCAGCAGAAUGAGGAAGCCGGAAGUUUAACAGAAAGUCGCUUUUUCGACCCCCGUGUAGCAGCCAAAUCGGCUUUACGGACACGCAGAACUUUUCACUUCCACGAACAGGGCAAAUUCCAGCAGGUGGCAUCCCGUAUGCGAAUGAAAGCUCAGUUGGACAAAUUGCAAAGUGAAAUUUCGCAAAUUGCCCGCAAAACUGGCAUCAAUUCGGUUACUGCUCUAGCCCUAGUUGCACCACGGAUUGGCGAUCGUAAAGAGGAAGAAGAAAUUGAUUUAGAAUGGUGGGAUUCGGUCAUUUUGCAGACUCGAAGCUACGAAGGUGAAGACGGCCAACCCAAUUUACGUCAAGAAACCAUUACUAAUUUGAUCGAGCAUCCUAUUCAAAUGCGUGCUCCCACUGAUCCGCUCUCUUUACCUUACCUUCCUGUCUUCUUGACUCAGAAGGAGCGGAAGAAGCUGCGUCGCACCACUAGACGUGAAAAUUGGAAAGAAAAGCAAGAGAAUAUCCGCCUGGGACUGGAACCACCACCACAAGCCAAAGUCCGCAUAUCGAAUUUGAUGCGCGUGUUGGGCAACGAAGCGAUCCAAGACCCUACCAAGAUCGAAGCCCAUGUUCGAGAGCAAAUGGCCAAACGUCUUCAAAAUCAUCAAGAAGCCAAUGCAUCCAGAAAGUUGACAGCUGAACAACGUCGUGAAAAGAAAGAGAAGAAAUUGCAAGAGGAUACCAGCACUACAGGUGUUCACGUAUCCAUCUACCGGGUCAAGGAUCUGUCCAACUUGUCGAAGAAAUUCAAAAUCGAAACUAACGCCAAGCAACUUUACAUGACGGGAUGUGCAGUCAUCUUUAAGGACGUGAAUGUUAUCAUCGUCGAAGGAGGACCUAAGCAACAAAAGAAGUACAAACGAUUGAUGCUCAAUCGCAUCCGGUGGGAGGAGGACCUCGUCAAGAUAAGCAAACACGACACUGGAUCCUCGCAGCCUGAAACGCGCAAUUCUUGCCAGCUCGUCUGGGAAGGCACGACCAAACAACGCAAUUUUGGCGACCUCAUCUUCAAGCUCUGUCCUUCUGAGGUUGUGGCCCGCGAGCACUUCCGCAAACACGGCGUCGAGCACUAUUGGGACCUGGCUUAUUCCUCCGCCGUGCUGGAAGAAACUGAAGAAAAGUGAUUGGUCUAAUAUCGCCUUCUGUUAUCAUCCCCUUCUUUCUGGGCCAAACGUUCAUAUUUCAAUAUUACAACUAAUAAAAAGAUUUGUCUUUA